UGGCGUGGUCGUCGAAGCCGAAACCAACGCAUUUGUGGCCGUGGAUGUGAUUGACUAUUGGUUCUUGCAGUAAGGAAAUUACAGUUAUGCACAUGGCAUUAAUAAUCAGCUCCAAAUUAUCAAGCGUUCUCUUGAUUACCUUGUGUUUUUCAUUCAUUAUGUUCGUCACUGGCGACGGAGCAAAAUGCCACCAAGUAGGUUGUGGAUGUCAAUUUACUAAUCAAUCUGGAACGUAUGAAAUAUCAAUGGAAGCACUCAAGGAACCUGGCACUUACUAUGUUGUUUCAGGAACUUACUGGACCUACUAUAUUAAUCCUUGUUAUGCGUUUACCAUGCCGAAAUCAGAUUGCAAAGACGUCACUAUGUGUCAAAAGGGAGGAAACGUGUUUUUCGCUGUUGCAAAUGAUGAAAUUGAAGCCUUCAGUCCGUUUAUCAACGAGAAUUCACCAGUGACAGUUACGUAUCGAGCAAUUCAACAGGGUGGGAUUGGGAGACAGAUGAUAAUAAAUCUGAAAUGUGGCAAGUCAGAUAUACCUCCGACAAAGGUGAUAGUGGGUGGUGGAUCAGAUCCACUUACAUACACACUGGAGAUAGUCUCCCCUCUCCUUUGUCCUCAUCAAAGACAAAAGUCUGGAGGUUCCUCAUCUGGUCUCAGUACGAGAAAAAAGCACAAUAACCAACGUAAUUUAUAGAAUUUUUUUGUCAAAACUACUUUGUAAACAAGCAUGUUUGUCUUGCCUUUUAUCAACAAAAUACAAUUAUUUGCAUAUAGUGCAUUCAAUUGUUUAUUUCACUUUGCAAGCAAUUCACUAACAUAAAUACCAAAGCAUUACUAUAUUUUUCAAGCCCCCAAAAUAAAGUUUUAUUAGUAUUCUGACUAGCAGCAAUUCUAACAGCGGUGGAACUAGCCAAUAUAUAGCAGAUUGGUCAUGUUAUGCCAAUUUUUAAUUAUUAACAUUCUCUAUGCCCUUAAUAGAAAUGCAUUAUUUGUCUUUACAUGUAAAACUUCUACGUUUGAACUAAAACUUUUGAAGUAAAAAUACAACUGUUCAGGAUUGUUUGUCUUUAAACUUUAAUCCAUGCAUUGAGCUGCAGUGCACCCCAGUUCGCACGCCCUACUUAUAUUUUUUACUUGUCUAACACCAGACGAUUUUACUCAUCAAUAGGGAAGCUCUGCAGCUUAAUGGGUUAAUUUCAAAAUGCCUGUUUAUUAGCUUUGCCACUUUUAGCUUUGCCACCCAGGGCCGGAUUAACGUCGUGCGAGGCCCGUGGCAGAUUUUCAGCGCGAGGCCCCCAACCCCCUCCCCUCUCAACAUGAAAACCUAGGGGCCCUAAAUGCGCGAGGUCCCUAAAUUCGCGAGGCAUCCAAAAUGGGCGUGUCCCAAUAGAAAAUGGACGUGUUCUCGUAAAAAUAGGCGUGGCACAGUAAAACGCGAGGCCCUCAUAAGCGCGAGGCCUGCGGCAUAUGCCGCAUCUGCCACGUGGUUAAUACGGCCCUGUUGCCACCGUAUUCUAGUAAAUUUGUCAACUACAUGAUACCAAAUUGUGCAAAAUGUACCAAUAUUGUGCAAAAUGUACCAAAUAUAACUACAUGUGACAAUAGAUGCCUGUCACUUCCAUUUUAAUUCACAAAUUAAGGCAAUAUGAUCAGACGGCAUGACUGGUGAUGGAAUUGCAGUAUAAAGCUGAACUUCUUCCUUUGAAGGCACAGGAAUGACAGAUUCUGCUUCGAAAUAUUUCUUGCUUGCAAAUAUGUAAUCAAUAACGCCAGAAAAGCCUUCUGUGUAUGCAGUAAAUUCUGGAAAACCGCAACAGUUUUGAAAACCAAAUUCUUGACUAUAAGAUGGCAUUUGUAAACAGGUCGUAGUCUGUUCUGGUUUUUCCACAGGUAGAUUCCAGUCUGGGUGACAACUUGCCAACAUACCAUCAGACAGCAACUGGACGACACCAGAUCCGGGUAAACUGUUGAAAUCACCACAAAACACUACACCUAUUUGGUGACUGUUACCAUGUUUCUCUCUCAACUCAAAAUCUAAGCUAUCAAUUGAUUUCUUCAGCAUGUUAAGGACAAUCAUUGUCUGUAGGUUUCUAAUAAAUGACGCAUUAGGUCGGAAAUAUAAAUGUGUAUUAACGACACAAAUAUAAUCUUCAGGGCGUUCAGCACAGCGAAGGACAAUAAUUUGAGCAACAGUUGUACGGCUCAUUAGCUUUUCGUAAACCUCCGGAACUGCUCGGACUUUCUUGAGAAGCUCGUUAUUGCAGAUGUCGUUCGUUAAGGAAUCUUUAAGUUCAAAAUUGUGUUGAGAAAUCAAUGUAAAAUUUGAAUUGUUGAAGAAAAUGGCUUCCCCCUCGGGCAUGACUCCAGUUUUGUACUUAACGACCCCCGUAUAGCCUCGGGAUGCCAUCAUUGGACUCAAGUAAUGAUCAAACAAACGACGGCCACAUUCUUGUAAACAGACUAUAUCACCAUGGUAACCAACUAUUUCUUUCAGCAACAGUUGUUGUCGAUAAUCGAUCCCCAGGGCGUACUUGGGGCAGUAACCGAACCACAUCUGACAAGUGGUAUCAUCUUCAAGGUAGCAAUCUGCAAGGAUAUUGUAGGAAAUGACACGAAACACAGAACUACCCGAGGUGGGUUUGGCAGUAUACAGGUGGCGUGUAUCAAAAGGGGUCACACCCGGUCCAGCUGCUACGUCGGAUACUGCAGUUACGUCAAACCAUUCAUGAGCAACUUUCUCUAUGCUUGCAGCUUUGCAUGACAUUUUUAAAACACAACCAAUAUCGCUAACAUUGGGUAUAUAAAUAAACUCCUGACCAAUCUCAAUCCAGCUUGUUUCACUUUCAUUUUCAACUUCACUCGGCAUUGACGUAGCUUCCCCAACUGUCGGUUUGCUAGGGUGUGCUUGUUUGAACCAUUUAAACUGCGAGUUCUCUUUGUCAGCAUAUUCGAGCUUUACCGUUGGAACAACAGGGAAACCGGCCAUAAUUACCGAGGGGACCCUAGCACUGUGAACAAUAGGAGUGUUUUCUUCAACUAGAAAUUUUGAUUCACAAAUAUUUAAAACAUUCCCUUCUUUCCAAGCAUCUUCAUUAGUUAAUUCAUUGUCCAUCGCCUCACCGUUUGCCCAAAAUAAUGCCACAGGAAUAUUAUUUAAGACUUCUUGCUUUUUACCUCUCAUCUUUGUACCAUCUUGCCCCUUCGUGUUUGCUUUCUCCACAGAUAUACCGAUUCGUUUCAGUGUUUUGCCAACUGGUUCAGUUGCAACUCUAGACAUGUUAAAUUUCCUAUCGUUUAAGCUGAACAGCAGCUUUACAUUCUGGCUGUUGUUUGUUUUCUCAGCAUAAACCGACAGAUAAUUCAUCUUUUUAAAUAAAUGUGGUCAAUCAGAGAGGAGUGUUGAUUAGAAAAGCUUUCGAAAUUGAAAAGAAAGUAAAAUUUCACUUCUUUUUCAAAU